GGCGGCCUCUACUUCCCGCAGCUCCGGAAAGCAAAGCGGGGAGGGCCUAGGAACUGAAGUCCUCCCCUCUCCACCAGACCCAUUCCUGAACCACAGACCUUUCCAGUGUGAUGCGCCAGCUGGGAGUUUCUGGAGGAGACAGCGGGUCCCUGACUCCUGGUGACAGAUAGUUGAGAUGGAAGCUUCUAAAUCUGGGACUAAAAAGAGGGUCCUUCCUCCCUGGAUGACAGCUCAAGAGAUCCCCAGGGUGGUGAAGACCCCCAAGAAGAGAAAGGCAGCGACAUCAGCCUCUGCAAUGAGCCACCCGACCCUAAGGACCGUCUACUGCAUGAAUGAAGCCGAGCUGGUUGAUGAGGCUCUGAAGAUCCUGCUUGAGGCCCGACAACAGGAAGUACCCACUGGUCAGCUGUGCUUGGAAGAGGCUGAUAAGCCUGAACUCUCCCCCUUCUUCUCAGAAUCAGCCUCGUCUGGAAGUGAAAGUGAGGACAAGGACCCUAGGAAGGAUCCCUUAUGUUCAGGCCGUGGUGACCUCCCUUCUGGGAUGCCUGAGGAUUCUGAGUCCUCCUGCAAUAGAAGUACUGAGGAUGACGCUUUAAAAUAUGUCAGGGAAAUAUUUUUCAGCUGAGAGCAUCUUUGCUAGUACUUUGUGUCUUGAAAUCUGAAUGGAGCUGGACUUCCCUUCCUCUCAGGGCCUGCACCGACAGGUGUUGAGGAGUGUAGAAUGUGGAGGGAGGAUUCAGGGGUAGGCUGGCCGCCUCCAGCCUCAUGCCCACCCCCUUCUCCCAGCCCUCUUUGCACAACAUUCAGGGCUGGAGACUUGGAUGUGGAAGUGAGUGAUCAGAAGGAGAAUUUCUCCCCACUGUGCCUUCUGCCAUCUCAAGAGCUCUGUCUAGAACCCCACAUGUCUCCUUUAUUCAGGUUCCAGGGAAAACGAGGUAAAAGUGGGCAGAUUUACUGGAGACACAAAGUUUGAGGGAUGGAGCAUGCUCAGGUUAGCACCUUCUCUUCCCAAGGACAAAGCCUAUUAAUAAAAGAUUCUGGGGAGUGAAGCCAUAAUACAGCAGGGCAUGUUCUUACCCUGCACAUGGCUGACAUGAGUGAACCCUGAUACCCUGAGCUCCACUAGGAGUGAGCCCUGAGCACUGCCAGGUGUGCCCCCACCCAAAAUAAUAAGAAUAAAAAAUUCUACCAGGUAUAA